UUUAAUAAUUGAGCCAUGACCACUACAUUGUAAUUGUCGAAUAUUUAUAUCAAUUGAUAAAUUUAUAUUUACUAAUUCAUUUUGGAGAAUUGCUAAAUAAUUCGUAUUUUGUUUCAAAAUGAGCAAAAUGAGAAAACCAAAGACUUUAAGAGCACCUAUGCCAAUUGUUGCCAACACUAGCAGUAGUGGAAGGGAGGAAAUGGAUCGACAGUUUGAACUGGAGCUAUGUUGGUGCGUGCAGCAGCUGGAAACUGCGCUAAACUCGGGAAAGUUGAGUCAAAAAGUCGCGGACGAUACCCAUAAAAACCUAAAAAUAUUGAAAGGACACAAUCCUAUUAUAAAAAAACGCCAAGUAAUGAAGUCAUCAUUGGGCGACUAUCGCGCUAAAAUGAAAGAAGAGGAAAAAAAAAUGUCUCUGGCUCCCAAACAAAUAAAAUUUAGGACUUCAUCAGCAGGCGAUGGAAAAAAGUCUAGUUUUGUUAAGAAGUCUGCAAUAUCAAGUUCAGGAAAAGAUUUUAAAUUUAAUUUUAAAAUGACGCCUGAUAAUGAUUUAAAUGAAAAAGCGCAAAUGAAUUCCACGAUCACAAGAAAAUUUGAAAGCAGUGUUAACCCAGAGAAGAUAAAUUUAAAUUCAGACGGCAGUCAAUUUGCGUUUAACUUUGUCAUCGACGAUAUCCAUGAUGACAUUAGUUUCGAUGCACUUUCUAUAAAAAAUUAAAAUGAUUUUCAGAUAAAUGCACUGAAAAGACAUUGACAUUUAAAAAUCAACAUUUGCUGCAAAACAAUGGGCCCAAUUACCUGUUUCAGAUGCAACAAACACCAGAAAGCAGCGUGGACUAACAUUUUGAACCAGAGAACAUGAGGAUAUCUAAACUACACUAAAACUGAACAUUUCGGAGUCUAUACUAUAUUGGCCACGCCUACUUUAAGAGCUGGUAGUGGAUGUUUCAACUAAUGCCGAUUGGUGUUAAUUUUUUAUGUAUUUGAAAACUGCAUUGAUAUUGUCUAAUGGCUUUCCAGGCUUUUGUUCAGCAGAAUUGAUUGAUGAUAAUGUGAGGGUGAUAUGCAUGUUUCCAGGGUUACCACAUUUCGGGCAUAGUUGACUAACAUUUCCAUGUUGGUUUGUCGCAAUGGAAAGACCCAUACGAAGUAGGCCAAAAUGCAGAUUGUCCAUUUAUCGAUAAUAGUCUGGUAUAUUGGAACUAUGCAAUUGGGAUUAAUGACGUUGUAGUGGUAAUAUUGGAAUGGUCUACGAUUGUUGGACUGCUGUUGUUGAAGUUCGGAAAUAGUAUCCAUUUUUAAAUCGAUUUACUCUAUUAUAGUAUCUUCUAUCAAUGGCACUAUACGCAUAUUUAGCAGCAGCGUAUACGUUUCUUUUAGAAAAAUGGAGAUUCACGCAAUGGUUUCAAGUGCUAGUUUUAACUAGGAAGAUACCAGAACAAUUAAAUGAAAAAUAUUUUCUACAUGAUAACAUGUUUUCAAAAGCAUA